AUGUCUUCGUUGCCGCGCAAUCCUAAUCCCAAUCCGCCUGACGGCGAGACUUCGGUCAACAUCUAUGGCUACACGCCCUGGAUUGCGCUCUGCAUCUUUUCGGUGGCCUUCUUUGGCGUUGCGCUGUUCGUGCACGCCGGAUAUGCAGUCUAUGCUGCCCGUCGGCGCAAGAAACUUUCGACUGCCUCUUUUGACGAUCAGCAAGAGACCAAACAUCUCGAUGCUGAGCCUGAUGGCUCCCUCAAUGGCGGCGUCGCAACCUUUGAGGUGCUGUUCAGCGUCGGCUGUGCGCUCGAGGUCGUCGGCUACGCCUUCCGCACCGCCAGCAGUCGCAACCCUUUCGUCUUGACCAGUUUCAUCCUCAACUACUUUAUGAUCGUCGUGGCGCCGGUCUUCUUCUCCGCAUCCCAGUACUACUGUCUGAGCCUGCUGCUACAACGUCAUUCGUCCUAUGCCGAGCUCCUGCCGCUGUCCGGCAAGGCCAUCAUCGCCAUCUUUGUGACGGCCGACGUAGUCACAAUUGUGAUGCAGAUCGCCGGCGCUGCCCUCGUGGGUGUCGCAGAAUCCGAUCGAGCCUCGGGCAAGGUGCCGCCCCUCACACCUACCCAGGCCAACGACAUUCUCCGAGCCGGUCUGGCGGUACAGGUCUUCUCAAUCACCAUCUUCCUCUUGUUGCUCUCCGUUCUGCUCUACAAAGUGGCGCGGCGAGGACUGAUCAACGCCGCAUCGCCCGAUGCCUGGCGUCGACGUGCCGUGCUGGCCGUGCUGGCUUUCUCCACUUUCUUCAUCUACCUCCGCACCGUAUUCCGUCUAGCCGAGGCGGCCAGUGGCGUCACAUCGGGCAUCUCGCUCAACCAACCCCUCUUUGUCGCACUCGAGACCGUGCCGGUGUUUGUCGCCGUGCUGCUGUGGACUGUACUGCCCUUGCACGUGUUGCUACGCUAG